AUGUUUCCGGGAGUGACGUGGGACGAGGACCAGUGGGUUUUGACAACUAGCUCUCUCGACCAAGGUCAUUACCAGUCUCGCGGUUCAGUUGCGAAUGGCUACAUCGGCAUCAGUGUCUCCAGCGUCGGCCCGUUCUUCGAACUCGAUCUGCCGGUUGCUGGCGAUGUGAUCAACGGCUGGCCGCUCUAUUCGCGACGGCAGUCGUUCGCUACUAUUUCUGGUUUUUUCGACAUACAGGCAGAAACGAACGGAUCAAACUUCCCGUGGAUGAACCAAUACGGCGGUGAAAGCGUGAUUAGCGGCGUGCCUCACUGGAGCGGUCUCAUUCUUGAUCUAGGCGACGACGACUAUCUUGAUUCAACUGUGGAUAAUGUGACGCUUAGCGAUUUCAAGUCCAGCUAUGACUUCAAAGCGGGUGUCUUAUCGUGGUCGUAUACCUGGACUCCAGCCGGCGACAAAGGAUCCUAUGCAAUCACGUAUCGACUGUUCGCAAACAAAUUGAAUGUCAAUCAAGCUGUAGUGGAUAUGGAGAUAACACCUUCGCAGGAUGGUCACGCGACAAUCGUCAACGUAUUGGACGGAUACUCCGCUGUUCGGACAGAUUUUGUGGAGUCCCAGGAAGAUGACGGCGCUAUAUAUUCUGCGGUCCGACCGUGGGGUAUCCCUGAUGUCUCAGCUUACUUCUAUGCAAACAUUACUGGCUCGAAGCAUGUCGAUUUGUCGUCUCGCAGACUUAUUCAUGGUAAGCCCUAUGUGAGCGCCAACGAGUCCUCCAUCGCACAGGCGGCCGAUGUCAACUUUGUGGCCAAUGAGAAAGUUCGCAUCACCAAGUUCGUCGGUGCUGCGUCGACGGAUGCAUUCCCAGACCCUCAAGCGACGGCUAAGCGCGCAGUGUCGGAAGCCUUAGAUGCUGGUUAUCAGCGUUCUCUGCGCUCCCAUGUCCAAGAGUGGGCUAGUAUCAUGCAUGAGGACUCGGUCGAUCGCUACGUCAACCCUACCACCGGAAAGCUCCCCGACGACGACAACAUCAUUAACUCAGCCAUUAUUGCCGUUGCAAACACCUACUACUUGCUGCAAAACACAGUCGGCAAAAAUGCUAUCCGAGCAGCACAGGAUGCACCACUCAACGUCAACAGCUUUUCCGUAGGCGGCCUGGUUUCUGACUCCUAUGCUGGAUUGGUCUUCUGGGAUGCCGACGUCUGGAUGCAGCCUGGACUCGUCGCCUCCCAUCCGGAGGCUGCCCAAGCUGUCACGAACUACAGGACGAAGUUGUACCCUCAGGCGAAGAAGAAUAUUGAGACGACAUACACCGGCUCCAAAAACGCGACAUACAUUGACCCAUCUGCUGCGAUUUACCCGUGGACAAGCGGCCGCUUCGGUAACUGCACGGGCACCGGGGCCUGCUGGGAUUACCAGUACCACUUAAAUGGCGACAUUGGACUGUCUCUGAUAUAUCAAUGGGUGGUGAGCGGCGAUACCAACACCUUCCGAGAGAAGCACUUUCCGAUCUACGAUUCAGUCGCUGCGCUUUACGGCAGCAUCGUGGAACGAAAUGGAAGUUACUGGACUCUGACAAACAUGACGGAUCCUGACGAGUAUGCGAACCACAUCGACGCUGGUGGGUUUACUAUGCCGAUGAUUUCCGAAACGCUCGAGUACGCCAAUCAAUUCCGCCAGCAGUUCGGCCUCGAGCCCAACGAGACGUGGACCGAAAUUUCGGAGAAUGUCUUGGUGCUCCGGGAGAAUGGAGUGACGCUCGAAUACACGACCAUGAACGGAACUGCAGCAGUGAAGCAGGCUGAUAUUGUACUCGUCACCUAUCCUUUGGUCUACGACAACUACACUGCCGAAACCGCCCUUACUGAUCUAGACUACUAUGCAAACCGGCAGUCCGCUGAUGGUCCUGCGAUGACCUGGGCCAUCUUUUCCAUUGCCGCUGGUGCCGUUUCGCCUUCGGGAUGCUCGGCGUACACCUACCAUCAGUACUCGUACGCCCCUUAUGCACGGGCGCCGUUCUUCCAGCUAUCCGAGCAGAUGCUGGAUAACGCCAGCAUAAACGGCGGCACCCAUCCGGCUUACCCGUUCCUGACUGGUCAUGGCGGCGCCAAUCAAGUCGUCCUCUUCGGUUAUCUAGGUCUUCGGCUACUUCCCGAUGAUGCCAUCCACAUUGAACCAAACCUGCCACCGCAGAUUCCCUACGUGAAGUACCGAACCUUCUACUGGCGCGGAUGGCCCAUCUCGGCCCAGUCGAACUACACACAUACCGUGCUCCAGCGUUCACAGAGCGCACCGCUGGACACGGCCGACCGCCGGUUUGCAAACACCUCCAUCCCGGUGUUUGUUGGCUUGGCCGACAACGCAACGUUGCACCAUCUUCCCCCACAUGGACCCCUGACUGUCCGCAACCGAGAGAUCGGCACAAUUAACACGAUCGAGGACAACCUUAUCCAGUGCAGCCCGGUGUCUUCCACCGACGCGUUUGAACAAGGCCAGUUCCCGAUCUCGGUUGUCGAUGGCGCCACGUCGACGCGCUGGCAGCCCAGCUCAUCCAAUGCUAGUGCGGUCACUGUCAACCUCGGCUCCACGACUGGUCGGUCAGUCCAAACCGUGGCGUCUGGAUUCCACUUCGACUGGGCGGCCGCACCACCCGUUAACGCAAGCGUGAUCUUCCACGAUACCCCCCUGUCGGAUCCUGUGGCGGCAUUGAGCUCUCCAGGACCUCAUGUUCGGAUUGUGGCGAACCUGACCAACAUCGAACAGUCGGGACCAUACGACCCAGAGGCCACGGAUCUUAAUGAAAUCAAGAUCCCCGUUGGGAAUACUACGAGGAUCGAGCUUGCUCAGGAGGUUCCGGUUGGGCGGUACGCGACAUUGGUAAUCUCAGGGAACCAGGCCCUGGCCCAGGCGGACGGAGAAGAUCACGUGGGCGCGACCGUGGCCGAGUGGGCGAUCCUCGGCCCAAAGUCGGGCAGCCCGCGACGCCGGAUCCAGCCUGUGCCUCUACUGUAA